AUGAGCAACGACGGUGUGGCUAUAUGGACAGAAUUAGUGCAGAACAUAGCCAUACGACUCUUCAACCUCUUGCUGGAAGAUGAACCAGCCACAGUUUCUUCUAAAUUACGAGCGGCUGCAUCCGGCACGAGUACCCCUAUUAAGACGAGUACUUUCUUCAAUGGGUCUUCCUCAUUUGUCAUGAACAACAUCAAUGCUGCAUGGGGAUUACAUCGCGCCAGAGCAUACGGUCGUUCAGAAUGUCAGGUUCUCGAAUGCAUUGACAGGAACGCAAACCGGUUUUCACGAUUUAACAGAGGAUCCCAUUCGGCCAAACAUUUUUCAAUUCCAACCAUGAUUCAUCGUAACCUUCGUAUUGACCCUAUCAAAACAUUCGCCUUCGAAAAUCGGUACAACGCCCAUCGAAAUGCCCGUGGCAAGGUUCUGGGGGUCAAAUUGGUUCAGGAUGAAGUUGACGUUAAGAUUCUUGACUUGGUAUGCGAAACCGCGAAAUUGGGCUUUGAGAAAAAAGAUAGACAUCCAAAGAUGUCGAUGGAUGCUAUCAUGGCGAUUUUAGCUCCGGAUUCUUGGAUCAAGGUGGCCUCCCGGUUUUGGACAGGAUUGAAGUUACUUUUGUCUAGCCAAGUGCCUUGGGAUGAAAACAUGAAACUGGAAUAA